UAACAAGUUCUGAUUUCACACGCGGAGCAAGUGCACAUCAAUCGCUGCUCCCUGCCUUAAUCUGGAUUAUUUGUUCGAACGGCAGUUGAACGGAGUUGUGUUUUUUUAUAAGUGUUUAUUAGACAGUUGACUAUCGAUCAUGCGAAUUAUUGUGGAAGAGCAUCCCAACAUAUUGGACGUUUCCGAACUACUUAGGCCGGAGAAGGCUUUCGCAGACAAGCAUGUAUCCAAAUUUCGGGACUACACCGUAAACGAUGAGGACCCAUUGAAGGAGCGUGUCCGCAGGACCUAUAAACUGAUGCAUACCCAUCAGACAGUGGACUUCGUUAAGGGUCGCCAUGAAGAGUGGCUCAAGUUCGAUCACUUUACGGCGAACAUCAGAGAUGCGUUGGAGAAGUUGAACGACCUGGUCGAUGAGUCCGAUCCGGAUCUGGACCUGCCGAACAUUGUGCACGCUUUUCAGACGGCGGAACGCGCCCGCGAGGAGUAUCCGGAGUGGGAUUGGCUACAUCUGACGGGAUUGAUACACGACCUCGGCAAAGUGAUGGCAUUCUACGGGGAGCCGCAGUGGGCCGUGGUGGGAGAUACCUUCCCGGUCGGGUGCAAAUGGGGACCCAGCAUCGUCUACCGGGAGGACAGCUUCGUCGACAAUGUGGACGGGGUGAAUCCGAAGUACAACACUGAAUGUGGAAUGUACCAACCCAAGUGCGGACUGGAGAAUUUAACCAUGUCCUGGGGUCACGACGAGUAUCUGUAUCGGGUGCUGAAGCACAACAAGAGUACCCUGCCGGAACAGGCACUCUACAUGAUCCGUUACCACUCGUUCUAUCCGUGGCAUUCCGGUGGAGACUACAGCCAUUUGACCGUUGAAAAAGACGAACAAACCAAAAAUUGGGUGCUUUUGUUCAAUCGAUACGAUUUGUACACAAAGAGCACGAAAUUGCCCGACAUGGAAUCACUGUGGCCCUACUAUCAAGGACUGAUCGACAAGUAUUGUCCGGGUGAACUGGAAUGGUGAUGAGCUUCGAAAUUUAUUAAGAAUUUAUCUAAAUCGGAUGCUACUUGAAAAGCCAAUAUGUACUCAACUAGUUUAUAAAUGUUAGGGACAAGAGGAUGUUUACCUCAUCAAAGACUUAUAUUUUACUUAUAUUAUAUAUUAUCUACUGUAAUGGGCAUUAUAAAGGCUCCUGUUGUUGAUUCUUACCCCAAAAAUUUAAUAAUUAAAUAUAAUUACAAUAACAAUAAAAACAUUAUAAAAUAUCCUAUAAGCACCGCAAGUUUCAAU